AUGGAAACGAGAUUCAGACAAAUUCAUACCUUGUCGGACACGUACGACGAGCGGUGGAGCCCCUCCGAGCUCAGAUCCUAUACCCGGGCUUCAAUACGGAAGGCUUUGGAAACUCACCCAGUCAUAUUAUUCGUCGACGCGCUCGACGAAUGCGGUCAAAAGAGCGAGGAACAAUUAGCUGAGGAAUUCAAUUCCCUGCUCCACUGGCCCUCAUCGAAAUGUCUGAAACACUUUCGCAUCUGCUUGACCUGCCGUCACUAUCCUGUCGUAAAUAUUGAUGCUGGUUUUGAGAUAUGUGUUGACAGAGAAAAUGCGGGAGACAUAUCCCUAUUCGUGGAGUCCAAGCUGCGUCCAUUUCAAGAACAGACAGGGUCCAGAAUCUCUGAAUUUAUCUCACAGCAUGCCGAGGGAGUAUUUCUAUGGGCGAGUCUUGUGGUUGGCAAAGUGUUGAGCCUCGAUCGGGAUCGUCUAGAAACAGCCAUGAUCGAGUCUGAAAUCCCUCUGGUUGAGUUGCAUUGGGCUAUAGUUCUGGCUCAAAGCAAAGGUUUGGACUCUCUACAAGAGUUUGGAGGACCAGACUGCCUUCAAUUUAACGGCGGUGCCAUGGAAUGGAAGGCUGAAAUGCUCGGGCAUGAUCUUAUCGAGUUGCCGUCUCUCCACAAAAGCACUGAUUCAGAAGAAACACCACACUAUUGGCUGGCUAAGAUCUGCUUGCUAUAUCUGGAGAUGGUGGAGGAUCCCCUGGUAGCCGAUGCUAAGGCGAAAUCCAAAUUUCCCUUUCUAUCCUACGCGACAUCUUGUUGGGGCUUCCACAUAAGCCAUCUUCCAGAUAAUUUGCAAGAGUCAUUCCCUUGGCCCUGGGACGCCUCCGUUACUCGACACUACCUGCGUGGUGGCUUCAUUUGUAGAGUUUUGUUUAAUGGAUGGACAGGAGCUUUGCGAGGGAUCCUAUCAAAGAGCAGUGGGAUCUGCGUUGAUGUCGACAAAGAGGUCUAUGUUGGUCGCACACCGCUCCAUCCUGCUGCAACUUUUGUUCAUAUAUCGAUUGUUAAGUUACUUCUCGAAAAUGGAGCACAGCCAAACAAACGCGGUGUGUUAUAUUGGACGCCGCUUCACUAUGCGGCUCGAUAUGGUCGCACGGCUGUUAUGGAAUCACUUCUCGCAAGUGGCGCCAAGGUGAAUUCAAAAGACCCGCACGGUCAAACACCCCUUGUCUUUGCUAUAGACCAUGGCGAUACCGCGGCGACCGAGCUUUUCUUUGAAAGAGGCGCCCAAAUUGAUUAUAACUACAAGGUAAUAUUCAAGCUGGCCUUUGAGGAUGACCUUUUCCAUAAGGUUACGAGGGUGGCUCUCCUGGGACUCCACUAUCUCGAUGAAGAAUUUGGAGGACCGUUUUCACAGCUUACAAAGUUUUUUGAAGCCGCAUUUUCUGGAGAGUAUGAUAUGCCCAACCGAAUCUUGAUUCCAGCGUCCUGGAGAACUCCGCUAUCACGCGCUGCCGAAUUGGGUGAUCAGAAGGCUGUUCGUCUCUUACUUAGGUAUGAUGCUCGACCAGAAGACAAGGAUGAAGAUGGAGAGACAACUCUAUCCCGAGCUGAGAAGAACGAUAAAAAAGAGGUCAUACAAAUCCUUCACGAAAGUAUGGGCUAA